AUGUCCGUUUCUCAUUUUUCCUCAUCUUACCCUUUUUACACUCACUUUCCUUCAUCCCUUCCCCCUUCUUUUUUCCUUCCUCCCUUCCCACUUCUUUUUUCCUUCCUCCCUUCCCACUUCUUUUUUCCUUCCUCCCUUCCCACUUCUUUUUUCCUUCCUCCCUUCCCACUUCUUUCUAUUCUUUCUCCCCCCUCUCCUCUCUUUCUCCCCCUCUCUUUCUCCCCCUCUCUUUCUCCCCCUCUCUUUCUCCCCCCUCUCUUUCUCCCCUCUCUCUCUCCUCUCUUUCUCCCCUCUCUCCCCCUCUCUUUCUCCUCUCUCCUCUCUUUCUCUCCUCUCUUUCUCUCCUCUCCUCCUCCCUCUCUCUCUCCUCUCCUCUCCCCUCUCCUUUCUCCCCCUCUCUCUCCCCUCUCUCCUCCUCUCCUCUCUCUUUCUCUCUCCUCUCUCUCCCUCCUCUCCUCUCUCCUCCUCUCCUCUCUCCUCCUCUCCUCUCCUCUCUCCUCUCUUUUCUUUCUCAUCUCUUUGCUUUCUUCUUGCACAUCCUUCUUUCUCUAG